AUGGCACCCCCCUCGCCUCGACGAUCUUCACGAGCCCGAGGCAAUACCGUCUCUCAAUCUCAACAAUCCUCGACCACCUCGAGUCUUUCUAGCCGCGGCGAAAGAAACACAAGAUCUCUCAACAAGACUUCAUCCGCCAAAUCCACACCAAGCGCUUCGCUUUCCUCAGAGCCCCCCGAAGACCUGGAAGACCCUCUACCCUCUCGACGUCGAACCCGCGCCCAGGAAGACGCCCGUGACAAGGCUCGCGUUGAUCCUUACGACAUGGCCACAGGAAGCGACGAUAUUCAGGAAGAUGACGAGUCUGUUCGCUGCGUCUGUGGCUUCGAUGAAUACCCUGGGCCUCCGCCCUUUGAGGAGGACCCCAAACAUGGAAAACAGAAUCCAGAAGCAGACUUCUUCGCCAGCAUUGAACUGUCAGAAGAGGUCUCCGGAUUGUUUGUCCAGUGCGAUGUGUGCAAAGUCUGGCAGCACGGCGCCUGCGUCGGCAUUUUCACCGAGGAGAGUUCUCCCGAUGAGUACUUCUGUGAAAAGUGUCGCAAGGACCUCCACAAGAUACAUACUGCAACUAAUGGACUUUCAUGCAGACAACGGUAUUCGAACUAUCUACCAUUAAACCGCCCCUCGCGCGCAACAUCCCGGGCUGGUUCGUUGGUCAAGGACGGCACUCGGUCACCAAAGGAAACAAGUAAAAAUGGACGAGCCUCGUCAGCUACACAGUCUUCCAAGAGGAGGUCGACAAUGAAUAGUCGAGACGCUGCAUAUGACGAGGACGAGCAGUUACGGCGAGCCAUUGAGGCGAGCAAAGAAGAUCAAGCCCCGGAGCAAACAGAAAUCACAGCGCGACGAGGGAAACGAGGUCGCAGCGAUAGCGAGGAAAACUUGGCUAGUCUAAAGAGACAACGCACUAGUUCCCCGUCGAUGUCGCCGCCCCCCGAAAAAUCCCAGGCCGUCGAGGACGAAUCCGAAGAGGAAUCAAACACUCGCAAUGGCCAGUCUAAAAAGGUUCGCAGUGCCCGCAAUCAACGUGAGAAAUCGGAACGUGAAGAGCGUGAUCGCCAGCGUGCCGAGGCAGCCAACAGGCGCAAGGGUCGCGCAGAUCGCAGAAGGGCUGAGGGUACUACAACCACGAAUCUCGUUAAGGAGUCUGAAGCUCACGUGGGCACGGAUUCAGAUCCGUCGGAAGAGGUUCCUGUUGUAUCCGCUCGACCUGCGGUCAAGCCUAGCACCGAGGUCGCCGUGCCGCUCGAGGCACCCCCAUCCUCUGCGCCGACUCCCGAUACUCCACCUGCGAACCCAGUACUUACGGGCAGCACACACAAGAAGUCAAGUCGUAACCAUCAAAAGAGGGGAAAGGGUCGAAAUCAGUAUACUAAAGAUCGAGACGAGCACGAAGAUACACCGGCCCGUUCGAUGUCAAGAGACAUUGUGCGGAACCACGACGACCAUAUUGGCGCUGGAGUUAGCAAGCACUCAGCCGCCGAUCAUUCCAAGCAUGGAGCAAGGAACAGAGCGAACAACGCGCAUAGCAAAGUAUCUAUGAACGAUAUGAAACGACGAGUGACAGCAUUCCUUGACUUCAUUUCCAAAACACAAGUGGAGUUGGCGGGAGAGGCCCUGCCAGGGUCACGGAGCAGCCAGAAUAGCUCUCAGCAACAAAGCCCUCGCGCGACCAUUGCGCCAGAUGCUCCAAAAAUCAGCGUUGACGGCGCCCCAGACAUGGAAGCAAAAGAAUCAUCAGUCGGAAACGGUGCAUUGAACGAAAAUGUAUCCGAAUCGAAGGAGUUCAAAGCUCUAAAUUGCGUGGAAAUGAUGGACGUUUUGACUCGAGACUUGCUGCGGUGGCAGAACCAGUAUGCUUCUUAA